AUGUAUUCGAAUAAAAUUAUAGUUUUGGGUAUAAUUUCAAUUUUAAAAAAAUCCUCAACGAAAGUAAGUGAAGAAGUAGUCAAAGAUACUGAAGUAGUCGAGAAGACAGCUUGCGUGUCCGACAAGGCAGCGAAAGAGAUUGACAUACCUGAGAACGAGAGGCCAUGGUCAACGGUUCCUCAGAGCUCGCCUCCUGGUAGUCGGAACAAUGAGCUGGAGGUUCCUAUCACUAGCUCACCAUCUCGAUUCCAUUUGCUUAGCACUGAACUCGAAGAGGAGGAGGUGGAUGCGGAGGAUGAAAGCUCUAACUCUGAAGAGGAAAGUUCUGUGGAGUCUAAAAUAGCUCUUGAGAAAAGGAAACAAGUAGAGAAAUAG